AUGUUCUUCAACGAUCCUGACAAUGUGGACAGAGAAGCUGUCGAACAAGAGGCCAAGCGUGUCGAGAAACCUCCAUUGAUCAGCAUGCUUCCGUGUUUGUCGACUUCAGCAUUUUCGCAAGCCUUGAUACCAGAGUAUCUGGAAAGGUUAAAUAGCAUAGACAAAGCAAUUUCGAAAAAUUAUCACGUCUUGAAACAGAUUCUAGCCGAUGGUAGAAUUUUUGCUGGAGAAGAAAAGGAUGAGCCCAAUUCUAAUUUGAACAACAACGAUGAUCAUAACAAGGGGUCAAGAAUUUCCCAGGUUACCGAAUUUGAUAUGGAUAAGUUGAGAAGCACAAUUAAACAAUUUUUAAGGGAAUGGUCGUCAGAGGGCAAACCAGAAAGGGAUGCUACCUAUAAACCACUCCUUGAAGCAUUAAUCGAUCACUAUAAAGAUGUUCCUAUUGAGAAAAGUAUUAAUUUCAAGACCACCAAAUUAUUGAUACACAGGCCAUCUAUAAAGGUGUUGGUUCCCGGAGCCGGUUUGGGCCGGGUCGAAAGAAUCCACCAAUACGAGAUUUACCCUUUCAUUCAUUCCUUUUCAAACAUCGUUUCGUCCGAUGAUCAACUACGGCCUGUGUACAUUCCGGAUGCAUUGCCAAGCACUGUUCCCGCGGAUUCUAAUUUCUCGAUGGUCGCCGGAGAUUUCGUGGAGGUAUAUGGGGAGGAUCAACACAUUGGUAUUAAUUGA